AUGUCAAUUCACACAGGCAAGCUUGCUACAAACGUCUGGCAUAACACUACUUCAACACGCGAACAGCAACAUCAGAUCUCCAGAACUCUCUGGACUUCACUCGUCAUGGAAUCAGCCGCCAAAGGCAAGCAGGCGUUGGCGAACCAAAAGUACCAGGAAGCAGUCGAGCUCUACACUCUCGCACUCAAACAGUCGCCAACCUCACCCGACUACCUCAUCCACCGAGCAACCGCCUACCAACGCUCUCAAGACUAUGCAUCAGCCCUCAGCGACGCAGAGAAGGCGGUCGUCUGUGCGCAGAAGCGUGCGAAACGUGAGUUGAUCGUCGAAGCACAAUUCCGCAGAGGAUGUGCGCUUCAUUGUCUGGAGAGAUAUGGCGAUGCGGCAUUUGUGUUUGGCGUGGUCAAGAGGAUGGACGAGAAGCACAAGAUGGUGGCAACGUGGAUCGGUAGGAACGAGAUGUCGUUGAAGAAACUGGAGGAUGGGGAUGCUAGGAAGCAGUGCACGGUGAAGGAGACGCCGGAGGUGUCAGGAGAUGUUCUGGAGGAGGUCGCAAAUGCUCCGACGUCCACCUCAACUUCACAGCCUGCCGCACCGCAGCAGACGCCAGCUGACAAGAUUCGACAUGAGUGGUAUCAAAACUCGGAGAAUGUAUACUUCACACUCCUGGCCAAGGGCGUGCCGAAGGACAAGGCACAAAUCGACAUCCAGGAGCGCUCGAUCAGCAUCUCCUUCCCACUCGUGACAGGCUCAUCCUACGACUUUACGCUCGAUCCACUCUUCGCCCCAGUCAUCCCAGCGAAAUGCAUACCUCGCGUACUACCAAGCAAAAUCGAACUCGUCCUCCAAAAGGCCAAUUCAGGCCAGAAGUGGAGCGCUAUCGAAAGCAGCGAGCCAGCAACCACCACAACCACCUCCAGCACUGACACCACGAACGACGCAAUGAAACAAGCCGUCCUAGGCAACACCACCACCAGCCCUCCCUCUUCUGGCCCCGCUUAUCCUACCUCCUCCAAAUCCGGCCCGAAGAACUGGGACAAAGUCGUCGAGGACGCCCGCCGCGCCGACAGCAAAGGUGACCACUCUCUUGGGGAUGAUGACGAAUACGAAGGCGGCGACGAGUCCAACUUCUUUUUCAAGAAGCUCUACAAGGACGCGGACGACGACACGAAGAAGGCGAUGAUGAAGUCGUACACUGAGAGCAACGGGACGGCACUUAGCACGAACUGGGAGGAGGUGAAGAAGGGCAAGGUAGAGACUUCGCCGCCGGAUGGGAUGGAGGCGAAGUCUUACUCGUGA